ACACCAACCAGCUCACAGCCAAAAGCUCCUCUGUCCCUCUCACAGUGAUCACUCUUAACAGGAACUUUCCCCGGAAAAAAACUAAUUACUCCAAAGGAAGUUAUUACUCAAAGUUAAAGGCAACUUCUGCACCUAAAACCAAAGGAGAAGUGUGGCAGAGAGGAGGAAGGCCAACAGGGGUCGAGGGAUUUAGCAGCAUCAUUACGUAUUCCUGUUACAGUUUAGUGGAGUUCAACAUCCUGCACAUAAAAAACACAUAUUCCUGCAUCAGCUAUGACUCAAAGAAAUGGGGAGAACCCAUCGAGGACCCGAAGUGGUCUCCACCAGAUCCGAGCCAGGAUCCAGUCCCACUCACAGCUGGCCAAGAAGAGAGUGGAGAACAUCACAAAGGAAGAUGUGAAGGGAUGCUUCAUUAAAAAUGCUUUUGUGAUAUUUACCGUUGCGGCUGUUAUUAUUGGUAUCAUACUGGGAUUUACUCUACGACCUUACAAAAUGUCGUACCGUGGGGUGCUGCCCCUGCUGGUUUCCAGUCUCAUCACAGGUAUGGCCGCUCUGGACGGCCGUGCUUCUGGUAAAAUGGGUAUGAGGGCUGUGAUCUACUACACCACCACCACCAUCAUUGCUGUAUUCAUUGGUAUCGUCAUGGUGCUCAUUAUUCACCCUGGGAAAGGAUCAAAGGAUGAGUUCACCAAGCAGCAGCAGAUAGAACAGGUCAGCCCUGCUGAUGCCUUCCUGGAUCUUAUCAGAAACAUGUUUCCUCCUAACCUAGUGGAAGCCUGCACCAAACAGUUCAAGACGCAGUAUGCCAAGAGAGUCGUCCAUGUGAAGAUGACAGUGAAUGACACAAUAUUCACAGUCAAUGGUAGCCAGGAGAUAACCCACGAGGAGAUGAUCCCAGUGCCAGGGGCUGUUAAUGGAAUCAAUGCUCUUGGCCUGGUGGUGUUCUCCGUGUGCUUUGGUCUGAUCAUUGGGGGCAUGAGGGAACAGGGACAGCCCCUCAGGGACUUCUUCGACUGUCUCAAUGAAGCUAUCAUGAGGCUGGUUUCCAUAAUCAUGUGGUAUGCCCCUAUCGGCAUCUUGUUCCUGAUUGCCGGUAAGAUCUUGGAGAUGGAUGACAUAACAGCCAUGGGUGGGCAGCUGGGAAUGUACACAGUGACAGUCAUUAGUGGCCUGCUCAUCCACGCCAUCGUCGUCCUGCCAACGCUUUACUUUGUCAUCACCCGGAAGAAUCCCUUCGUUUUCAUCGCAGGGCUGUUGCAGGCACUCAUCACUGCCCUGGGAACAUCCUCCAGUUCUGCCACUCUGCCCAUUACUUUUAAAUGCCUCGAAGAAAACAACAAUGUGGACAAGCGUGUGACUCGUUUUGUACUCCCUGUCGGCGCCACCAUAAACAUGGAUGGCACAGCUCUAUAUGAAGCCCUGGCAGCCAUCUUUAUCGCUCAGGUCAAUGAUUAUGACCUUAACUUUGGACAGAUUCUCACCAUCAGUAUUACAGCCACAGCAGCCAGUAUUGGAGCAGCUGGAAUCCCUCAGGCUGGACUGGUCACAAUGGUGAUCGUGCUAACAUCUGUAGGCCUGCCCACUGAUGACAUCACACUCAUCAUUGCUGUUGAUUGGUUCCUGGAUCGAUUGCGCACCACCACCAAUGUCCUUGGAGAUUCCAUUGGUGCAGGUAUAGUGGAACACCUGUCUCGCCACGAGUUGCUGAACAAGGAUGCCGAGUUGGGCAACUCAGUCGUGGAGGAGGCAGACAUGAAGCCAUACCAACUUGUCCUCCAGGAGAAUGAAUAUGAGAAUGAGAGGCCUGCUAACAGUGAGACCAAAAUGUAGGGUGAUUUUUUUUCUUCAAGGUUG